UUGUUAAUUUCAAUUCCGUAUGUGUAAUUUUUCUUCUUUGCGUUUUGAGUUGCUCCUUUUCUGUUUUGGUGUGUGAUUACUCUAAUAUGGAAAUUUUAACGAGGUGAAUGAGGCAUUGAUUGAGUUACACAACGUGACACAGACUUUUGCUAGAAAUAUUCAGCAUUCCUUUUCAGAUUCUAAUCUUCGAGUUCUAAUGGAUACACUGAAGGCAGUGUACUCUCCCUUUGAAUCAUUUAAACAAAGGUAUGGACAGAUGGAGCGGGCCAUCCUUUCUUCUGAAAUUGCUGGGGUGGAUCUCAGGGGAGCUGUUACUCGUGGUGUGGGUGCCCAGGGGAUUGAACUCAGUGAAACAGUUCGCAGAAUGGAGGAAUCUAUUCCCCAUAUCAUUGUACUUCUUGAGGCAGCUGUAGAAAGGUGUAUCAACUUUACUGGUGGUUCUGAGGCAGAUGAACUAAUUCUUGCUCUUGAUGACAUAAUGUUACAAUAUAUCUCUGCUUUACAAGAGACACUAAGAUCAUUAAGAGUGGUCUGUGGAGUAGAUCAUGAUGGUGUUGGUUCAAAGAAAGAGAUGGGAUCAGACAAGAGAGAUGGCAACACUGCACGAAAAGUUGAAUUGAUUUCAAAUGAGGAGGAAUGGUCCAUUGUUCAAGGGGCUUUGUAGAUCCUCACAGUUUCAGACUGUUUAACUAGUAGGUCCUCUGUUUUUGAAGCUUCCUUGAGAGCUACUCUUGCUAGAUUAAGCACGACUUUGUCUCUGUCAGUAUUUGGUUCAAGUGUGGACCAAAGCCCAUCACAUGUUGGUGAUGACAGUAAUGGAG